UGUGACUGAACACCCCUGCAUUUCCUCACUGUUCCAUCAUUCAUUUGAGCUGGACCAUUUCAUUGAGAUCUAUAAAUAUCACAUAGGGAGGCUACACGACCCAACACAGCAGAGAGACAAGUAGCUCAUUAAGAACAAAAAAAGUACUCUAGAGACAUACAAGGAUUUCUGAAUCACAGGCCUGAGAUGGAAGAUCCAGUUCAGCUAAAAGAAGAAGGAAACAAGUAUUUCCAGUCAAAUGAUUAUGAUAAGGCGAUUGAAAGUUACAGCAAAGCAUUAAAUCUCAUAAAAGACAAGAAGAUACUGGCUGUUCUCUAUCGUAAUAGAUCAGCAUGCUUCCUGAAAAAGGAAAUCUAUAUACAGGCAGCGACAGAUGCAUCAAAAGCUAUAGAUCUGGAUGGAUCAGAUAUCAAAGCAUUGUAUAGGCGCUGCCAGGCAUUAGAGAAACUAGGAAAAUUGGACCAAGCAUUUAAGGAUGUUCAAAGAUGUGCAACAUUGGAGCCAAACAAUAGGACAUUCAGAGAGACGCUGCACCGCUUGGGCACUGACAUCCAGGAAAAGCUCCGUGUACAGUUCUCAACUGACUCCCGGGCUCAGAAGAUGUUUGAGAUCCUAUUGGACCCGAACAGUGAAAAAGAAAAGAGAGAGAAGGCCGCCAACAAUCUCAUAGUUCUAGGCAGAGAGGACGCCGGCGCUGAAAGAAUCUUUCAGAGCAACGGGGUGAAUCUUCUUCUACAGCUGGUGGAAACCAAAGAUCCAGAGUUGGUUAUUUCGGCAGUGAGGACACUUUCAGGCAUGUGUGCUGGACACAGGGCGCGAGCAACAGCUGUCCUGCAUCUUGUUGGAUUUAACCGAAUUUGCAGCAUUUUGGCUGUAGACAAUGAAGAGAUUGCACUAGCAACUUGCAACCUAGUGCAGAACAUUGUGGAUUCAUUAACAGAAGAAGAUAAGAAAGACCAUGGGAAAGCAGAUGCUUUGGUAUUAGACACUAAGAAGGAUCUGAAGAUGAUCACCACUCACCUGCUGGAUAUGCUUGUAAGCAAGAAAGUGUCUGGGCAUGGAAGAGAUCAGGCACUGAACCUUCUCAACAAAAAUAUCCCUCGCAAAAAUCUCAAGGACAAAGACCACUCCAAGAGUCUUUUUGUGAUUGAUACAGGUUUAAAAAAGAUUCUAAAAGUACUAGGGCAGGUUCCAGAACUACCCAAUUGUUUGCCACUGACAGUGAACACUCGAAUAAAUGCAGCCGUUCUUGUGAAUAGGCUCUAUGAUGAUUUGCGCUGUGAUCCAGAAAGAGACAACUUUAGGACAAUCUGUGAAGAAUAUAUAACGGGGACUUUUGACCCAAAGAAUAUGGAGAAGAACUUGCAUGCCAUCCAGACUGUGUCGGGGAUCUUGCAGGGUCCUUUCGAUCUUGGCAACAAACUCCUAAGCAUGCAGGGAGUGAUGGAAAUGAUGGUCGCACUAACUGGAUCAGAGAAUGAGAUCGAUCAGCUAGUUGCUGUAGAAGCUCUCAUUCAUGCCUCCACCAAACUUAGCCGUGCCUCUUUCUUCAUCACUAACGGCGUGUCAAUGUUGAAAGAGAUCUACAAGAAAACAAAGAAUGAGAAGAUAAAGAUACGUGCUUUGGUGGGUCUUUGCAAACUAGGAUCUGCUGGUGGCACAGACUACGCUUUAAGGCAGUUUGCAGAGGGAUCUACAGAUAAACUCGCCAAGCAAUGCAGAAAGUGGUUAUGUAAUCCGAGCAUUGACAUACAAACCAGGAAGUGGGCAGUGGAAGGUCUGGCUUACUUGACACUAGAUGCUGAUGUGAAGGAUGAAUUUGUAGAAGAUGACCAAGCCCUGCAGGCCAUGUUCGAACUAUCUAAGACAAGCGAUAAGACUGUCCUUUACUCUGUGGCUUCUACCCUGGUCAACUGCACAAACAGCUAUGAAGUUAAGGAAGUUAUUCCUGAGCUUGUACAAUUGGCUAAAUUCUCCAAACAGCAUGUUCCUGAGCAGCACCCUAAGGAUAAGAAGGACUUUGUGAUGAAGCGUGUGAAGAGGCUCCUAAAGGCUGAUGUAAUCUCUGCCCUUGCAUGCAUGGUGAAAGCAGACAGUGCCAUCCUAACAGAUCAAACUAAGGAACAGUUGGCUAGGGUUUUCCUGGCCUUGUGUGAUGAUCCCAAGGAUAGAGGGACCAUUGUCGCUCAAGGAGGAGGCAAGGCUAUGAUCCCGUUGGCACUGGAAGGCACAGAUGUAGGAAAAACAAAAGCUUCUCAUGGUCUGGCCAAGAUUGCAGCUGCGUCUAACCCUGACAUAGCAUUCCCAGGGGAGAGAGUCUACGAGGUGAUACGUCCUCUGAUUAGCCUCCUGAACACAGAAAGAGAUGGUAUGCAGAACUUUGAAGCACUUUUGGGUCUCACCAACCUAGCUGCAAAGAGUGACAAGCUGAGGCAGAAAAUUAUUAAAGAAAAGGCCCUUCCAGAAAUUGAGAAUUACAUGUUUGAAAAUCAUGAACAGAUCCGGCAAGCUGCCACUGAAUGCAUGUGCAAUUUAGUGGUGAAUAAAGAGGUUCAGGAGAGGUUCUUGGCGGAAGGUAAUGACCGGCUAAAAUUGGUGGUGUUGCUGUGUAGUGAAGAGGAUGAUAUAAAACUCCAACGAGCAGCUGCAGGAGCACUGGCUGUUCUAACAUCUUCUCAAAAGAAGCUUUGUCUGAAAAUGACAGAAGUGACAUCUCAGUGGAUGGAGAUCUUGCAGAGACUUUGUCUUAAUGAAGACUUGCAUGUCCAGCACCGGGGAGUGGUCAUUGCCAACAACCUCAUUUCUGCAGAUAAGGAACUGGCAAAGAAAAUGGUAGAGUCAGAAAUGCUGGAGAUCCUGACAGUGAUUGGGAAGCAGGAGGAAGAUCCCCGCAAACUACAUAUUAUAGCCGUGGCCAGGGAUGCUCUGGUUAAGUGUCUUGACUAUGGUCUGAUCAAACCUGUUUCGUGAGCGCCUUCUAGCAGCACACGUGAUGCAUAGCCUGGGUUCCCAACAUUCCUAUUGCAUAACUCCAUAAAAAAUAUGCUGUUGCAUAGGAUGAAUAUUUAGAGGGUAAAAUAUAUCACUGCCCCAUGAAGGUGUAGCUUGAAAAUAUACAAACGAUUUCCAAAAGCAAAAGAAGCAGAUUAUUUUUUUGUCCAAGAUAAUUAAGGUCGUCUUGCAACAAGUGCAGUAACUCAAAGAAUAGAAUAAUUCCUUCAGAAAUUCGUAAUAUUCUGUAACUUCAAGUUUGGUUUCUUUUAAGUAUUUCAUGUAAGUUAAUGAGUUCUUUUUACAAUAAAUGGAGAAACGUUGAA